AUGUCCCACGGCAGCCUCAAAUGGAAACCGGGCAGUGCAGUCCCCUACGCCGCGCUCUGCAAAACCUUCGAACUCAUCGACGCCACCACCAAACGCCUCCAGAUCCUCGCCUACCUCACCACCUUCCUCAAACAGGUCAUCGAGCGAUCCCCCGACGAUCUCGUCGCGUGUAUCUACCUCUGUCUCAACCGCAUCGGACCGGAAUACGAGGGCAAGGAGCUGGGGAUCGGGGAGAGUAUCUUGAUCAAAGCCGUUGCGCAGGCUACGGGACUCUCAGCGCAGAGCAUCAAGCAGGACGUGGCGGAACAGGGCGACCUCGGCACCGUCGCGCAGGCCCGGCGGGGACAUCAGAAGACCAUGUUCCCUCCACCCCCCUUGACUGUCGCGUCCGUCCUCAAAACCCUCCGCGAGAUCGCCAACAUCACCGGCCAGUCCUCGCAGGCACUCAAGAUCAACAAGAUCAAUAAACUUCUGGUUGCGUGUAAGGAUAACGAGCCGAAGUAUCUGAUCAGAUCGUUGGAGGGCAAGUUGAGGAUUGGGUUGGCGGAACAGAGUAUAUUGCAGGCGUUGGCGCAUGCGGGCGCGUUGGCGGAUCCGAAGGUGGAGAAGAUGGGGGAGGAGAAACGGGCAGCGGUGUUGAGUGAGGCUGCGGCGACGUUGAAGCAUGUUUACAACGAACUCCCCAACUAUGAUGAAAUCAUCCCCGCCAUGCUCACCCACGGCAUCCCCGCCCUCCCGCUCCACUGCAAACUCCGCCCCGGCGUGCCCCUCAAACCCAUGCUCGCCCACCCCACCAAAUCCCUGCUGGACGUCCUGAAUCGGUUCGAGAACGUCGAGUUUACGUGCGAGUAUAAGUAUGAUGGCGAGCGCGCGCAGAUCCAUCUGAUCGAGAGCGGAGAUGUGAUGGUGUAUUCGAGGAAUUCGGAGAAUCUGAGUGUCAAGUACCCGGAUAUUGUGGAGGCGUUACCGCAGGUGUUUAAGCAAGGCACGAAGUCGUUUGUGCUGGACUGUGAGGCCGUCGCGUGGGAUCGGGAGAAGCAGUGUAUUUUGCCGUUUCAGGUUUUGAGUACGCGGAAGAGGAAGGACGUGCAAGCUGCUGAUGUGCAGGUGCAAGUCUGCGUGUUUGCGUUCGAUCUGUUGUACUUGAACGGAAAGCCGCUGACCGGCGAAACCCUGCAAACCCGGCGCGCCCUCCUCAUCGAGCAUUUCAUCGAAGUCCCCGGCGUGUUUGCGCUCGCGAAGCAUAUGGAGUCGAAAGAUGUCGAGGAGAUCCAGACGUUUUUGGAUGAGGCUGUCGUUGGCAAUUGCGAAGGCCUCAUGGUCAAAACCCUCACAACAACCUCAACCUACGAACCCUCCAAGCGGUCGCGCAACUGGCUCAAAGUGAAAAAGGACUACCUCGCCGGGCUAGGCGACACGUUCGACCUGUGCGUGAUUGGCGCGUAUGUGGGAAGGGGCAAGCGGACGGGGGUGUAUGGGGCGUUUUUGUUGGCGUGUUAUGAUGAGGAAAGGGAGGAGUGGCAGAGUAUUUGUAAGAUCGGCACAGGCUUCACCGAAUCCGACCUCACCACCCUCCACGCCACCCUAACUCCCCACAUCAUCCCCUCCCCGCGGUCGUACUACCGCUACACCGACUCGCCGAACCUCACGCCCGACGUGUGGUUCGCCCCGCACGCCGUGUGGGAGGUCAAAGCGGCCGAUUUGUCCGUGUCGCCUGUGCAUCAUGCGGCGGUCGGGCUGGUGGAUCGGAACAAGGGUGUGAGUUUGAGGUUUCCGAGGUUUGUGAGGGUGAGGGAGGAUAAGAAGGCGGAGGAGGCGACUAAUGCUGGGCAGGUGGGUUGUGAGAACGUUGUUGGGUUUUGCUUUGUUUGCUUUGUGGAGGAGGCUGGGGGUGUGGAAUUUGAGCAGUGA